CCUCUGUAUCUGUCGACGGUGCCAGAGCCAGAGUCCACGCUCCGGAAGAAAAAGACACCGCCUUUCUUCGCUCUUCUCCUCCCCCUCGUGACACCACUGCACAGCAGGGAGAGACAGAUGGCGAUGCGGGCGCCGGCGGCGGUGCUGCUUCUGGCGGUGGCGAGCGUGCUGGCGGCGGGCGCGGCGGCGCAGUCGACGGGCACGCCGGCGUGCGCGUCCAAGCUGACGGGCUGCGCCGGCUACAUGAACGGCACGGACGCGCAGAAGCCGCCGGAGACCUGCUGCGGCCCGCUCCGGGACGCCGUCAAGAACGAGAAGCCCUGCCUCUGCGCGCUCUACGCCUCGCCCGAGAUCUUCAAGGCCUUCAACAUCAACGUCACCGACGCGCUCCGCCUCUCCAAGCGCUGCGGCGUCUCCGAGGACGAAGAGGCAAAAUCUAGAUGUGAAAUCUUGGACCAGAUGGCUUGCAAUGAAGAGGGGAAAAAAAGGAUGUUGAAGGCAUCAAGAGUUCCUAGAUGCCUUCAUCUUCCCCACUCCAGAUGUGGCGCCUCUCCGACCAAGUCUCCUCCAGGUUCAAGUCCAAGUUCUCCGUCAGGUGGUGGCAAGAGCGCCGGGCACCGCACCAUGUCGGCCGGCUUCGCGGGGCUGAUGAGCCUGUUCCUGGUCCUGUGGUCUGCCCUGGCAUAAGAAACCGGCGAUUCGGCAUGAUGAUAGACAUGAUCUUCUUUCGGCUUAUAUAUCCCAUGGUAGAUGAGCUGCAGCUCUGGUGGUAGUUCUUGGCGGUGUCGUCGCAUUUGUUUUGCCGUGUAUUGGUUGGUGUUGCCAGUUCAGUAGACUUGCUGUGAAUAAGGAUUUCGGCACUCUCUUCAGACCUGUGAUGACCAGAGCAGAGUGGGCCUUGUGUGAGACGUAUUUCGGCUUCACUGUUUUCUUUUCUUUUAUACGGUAUUUGAGAGAGAUUUGUGCUAGUAAGAGGAGGCCACUCACGCCUAGAAUUCGA